AUGUCAUUACAAAACAAUGAAAAUAUAAAAAUAUUUGAAAAAGAAUUAUUUGAAAAAAUAUGUGCUUCUAUUGGAUUUGAAGAACAAAAUGAAUCUGAAAAAACAUUAAAAAAUUUAUUAACAAAUAAUGUUUUAAAAAUGAAAGAUUCACAAGGGAGAUCAUUAUUAAUGUUUGCAUGUAUGUCAGAUAAACCUAAAAUUGCUAACAUUCUUCUUAAAAAAGGAUUAAAACUUGAAGAAAAGGAUAUUUCAGAAAGAACUUUAUUACAUUGGGCUGUUAAAUGUAAUAGUAUAAAAAUAAUAAAAUGGUUAUUACAAUUACCUAUAAAUGAAAAUUUUAUAUUAUUAAAAGAUAUUCAAGGAGUAACAUCAAUUCAUAUAGCUGCUACUAAAUCAUCAUCAAAAAUAUUACGCCUAUUACUUAGUGUAUUAACAAAAAAUGAAAAUUUAUUGUCAAAAAUAUUAGAUUCACAAAAUAGAAUACCAUUACAUUAUGCUGCAUCAUUUGGUAGUAUUGAAUGUGUUGAAGAAUUUAUGGAUGAAUCUUUAAAUUUACCUGUUAGUCUUCGUGAUGUUUAUGGUAAUACUCCUUUAAUGUUAGCAUGUGGUAAUAAUUAUGCUUCAGAAGUUAUACGAUGUUUAUCAAAUAAAAAAUCUGUCUCUGUUACUUCAAGAAAUGGAUAUGGAAUGUCACCAUUACAUAUAGGUGUUCUUACUAAUAAUAUUAAUGGUGUUAAAAUAUUAUUACAAGAAUGUAAAAUUUCAACUGAAAUUUAUGAUGAUGAUGCUAGAACACCAUUACAUUAUGCAGCACAAAAUGGUAGAGUUGAAAUUGUUGAAUUAUUACUAGAAGCUGGUGCAAGAUAUAAUGCUGUUGAUGCUUAUGGUGCUACACCAGCACAUUAUGCUGCUGAAAUUAGUUGGCCAAUAUUACAAUCUCUUCUGAUAAAAAAUAAUCAUUCAGAUGUAAUUGAUAAAGAAGGAAGAACACCAUUUAUGUGGAGUGUUAUUUCUGGAAAUGAAAAUAUUGUAAUAAAUAUGUUAAGAAAUUUUAAUAUAUCACGUAAUAGUAAAGAUAAUCAAAAGUCAACAGCACUUCAUCUUGCUGCAUUAACUGGUAACUCAUCAAUGUGUAAAAUGUUAAUUCAACAAGGUUGGAUGUUAACAGCUGAAGAUGAAGUUGGAGCAACACCAUUACAUAUAGCAGCUGGAAAAGGAUUUACAUAUUUAGUAGAUAUUUUUUCAACUACUGAUGAUAUAAUUAGAAAAGUUGAUAUAGCACAAAGAACAGCCCUUUAUUAUGCAGCAUUAGGUGGACAAGCACAUACAUUAAAUGUUAUGAUAUCAGAUCUUGGUUUUGAUGCAAAUGUUCAAGAUAUACAUGGUAGAACACCACUUCAUGCUGCAGCAUAUAGUGGUUUUGUUGCAUGUAUUCAAAAAUUAAUAGACCAUGGAGUUGAUGUUAAUGCAAUUGAUAGAGAUGAAGAAACACCAUUACAUGUGGCUUGUUCUCGUGGUAAAGAAGAAAUAGUUUAUAUUUUAGAAAAUGCUGGAGCUAAUGUUAAUGCAUAUUCUAAUAUUACAAAAGCAACACCAAUAUCUUAUGCUAUAUCUAAUAAGCAUAUAAAAAUUGUUGAAUUUCUAAAAGAGAAAGGUGCAAUAAUUGAUGAAAAAUUGUUAAUUUAA